ACACACACCUCUCCUGCCCCCCACCCCAAUCGAAAUUCCCCGUCUGUCAGCCAGGGCACUGGUACCAAUUAUACUGCCCAGCCCGCUAGUUGAUAAAAACUCCACGGUCCCCUCCAAACUUGCCACACCUUUUUCCCUCUUUUCACCUUCCGUUAUUUUCAUCUCCUUCUACCCCUUUCGUUCGAUUAACGGGUGGUUAUUGGAUAUUAACGACAAUCAAAGCGCUCCUUCCAUUUUAUCCAAUAAACUUUUAUCCCCGGGCCUCGGUGUUCAAGGACGAGAGUGAGAGAGAAAGGAAGGGAGAUCUGUGGUGCACGUUUAAGGUUCGGCAACCGCGCAUCCAUAACGGACCGGCAACCAUGUUGAGGAGGUUACUUGCUGGAGCUGCUAUUGCGGCGUUUGCGUGGAAGGAGGUGGCGGCCUUGCCUAGUCCUCAGGAUACGGGUUCGAGCAGCGGAGGAAAUUCGACAAAUUAUAUUGUCGCCGUGGGAAAGGCAGAUCAUAAAUUCAGCCCAGAAGUCAUCAUCGCAAGACCGGGAGAUACGGUUUGUGAGUAUCUGCCGUUUUUUCAUAUUUUCUAUCGGAAGGCAGAAGAGGAAAAGGAAUGGCAGGAGCUAAUGAAUUUGGUUCGUGAUUUUAGCCUUCCAGUUUUACCCUUUGAAUCACUCGGUGGUUAGGAUGGAUCCUGAGUAUCCGUGUAAGCCAUGGGAGAAGAUUCAUAAGGACGGUUCCACCUUAUGGUCUGGUUUCCAGGCCAUGGACACCUUCAUAGAUCCGGUAUGUUUGUUCCGUCUGUGGGGAGAGGGGAAAGAGAAGGCAGAGGGAUACUAACAAAGACUAGCCCCCGACCUUUACUAUUAAAAUCAAUGAUACAAAACCCCUGUGGUUCUAUUGCUCUGCCCCGGGCAGUUGUAUCAAUUACCAGAUGGUCAUAGGCAUAAACCCGUAUGUCACCUCAUACACCAGUUGUCACUUUCUAGAGUCUAAUAGUGGAUAGUGAUAACUCCACCUCCCCAAUCGCCAAGGUCAAAAGUGAGGCUGGGAAGGCCACCUUUUACCUCUCGCCCGGUGAGCCUUGGCCCGCCGAGGGUGGCGAUGUCCCGAACCCUGACGGUAACUCUAGCAGCGGAGGCUCCACCGCCCCCAGCGACAACGAUGACGGCAGCGUGAAGCUCUCACCCGGUGCAAUCGCUGGCAUUGCUAUUGGUGGUGUGAUCGCCCUCGCGCUGAUCGGUCUCCUCUUCUUCUUCGUGGGCCGCAAGAAGGGCACUGGCGAGGCAAAGACCGGUGCGCAAACCGCUAGUGUUAGCCCUCAAGAAGCCGCGCUAAUGAAUUCGCAAACUCCCGUGCCGGAGCACCCACCGGUUUAUCAAGACGGGAGAUAUUCCUUCGUUCCUCCUGUCGCGCCGGUCUCUGAUAACAAGGCCACUCCUGGGGGGACGCCUAUGAGUGAGAAUCCUUAUCGGGUUUCUGAGUUGGCUGCAUCGAACUACGAGCCCGUGGAGAUUUACACAGCUGGUUCGGAUGAGACUCCUGCUCGUCGCAAUGAUUGAAUGCGCCAUGUCUUUUUUCUUUUUCUUUUCAGUUUUCACAAUGGCGAAUGGGUGGGAGGUCAAGGGGUCCGGGGUGGGAUGUGUGAGAGGCGGUGGGUUUUGAUUCGGAUGUAAAUAUUAACUAUUAGCAUUUUUUUGUCUUUUCAUUUCAUAUUUUCAUAUUUUUUCUUCUAUAUAACGGGCACCCUCAUUUUUGAGUGUAUAUGUUAUCUCAGUGUGGAUGAUUUUCUCCGUCGGGGGAUUGCUAAUUGUACACAUACACAACACUACCCUUUUUAAAAAUAAUUCUUCAAUAAGGUUUGCCGCCGCCGGUUUCCAGCUUGUCUCUCCUUCGAUUUUUCAUCUCGCUGUUCUGCUCUCUAUCUCCACUUAACGGGGGCGAAUCAGACGUUACCGGAGUUUUUUUUCUUUUUCUUUUUCUCCCGCUUCCUUUUUCUUGCCAGAAGGGGGGGUACGACCUCCGUCUGCCGGUGCAAGAGAAGAUCGAAAAACGCCACAAAAUCGUAAUUGGCCCGCCGAGUUGCACAACUGAGCAAGCGGCGAGCAAGCCAGUGAGACAUGGCGUGGGAUCGAAUAAAAGGGAAAAAGAAUCGGGACCCCAUUGGGCUAAUGAGUAUGCGGGAGAGAAGAGAGGCGCUCAGCACGGGUAUGAUAGGUGGGGAAGAGCGGGCAAAGGGAAGCUGAAAAUUGGUGUGGCAGUUGGAGAACGGAGGAGUGGGGAGAAGGUGCUGCACCGUACAGUACCUGGUACAGUGCAAGUAUGAUACAAAUAUUGUGAGCUCAGCCCUUCCGGAAGUUUGUUUCGACAAGCUUUUCAGGGCUGUGUUGCGGAUAUGGGGUGUCUGGGGG